GCAGCCCUGCCCAGUCUGCUGCUAGUACUCCUGGGUCUGCUAGAGGCAGCUAGCGGUUGUCCCACUGUGUGCAUCUGCAACAGCAACGGCACAGACUGUACAGGCCUGGCUCUGCUCUCCCUAACCACCAUCCUGCCCCUGAUGCCCCAGGACACCCGCACCCUCCGCCUGUCCCACAACAACCUCUCCUCCCUGGGCGACGGGGCCCUGUCCAACCUCAGCGCUCUGGAGCUCCUGGACCUUUCUGACAACCACCUCUCCAGCCUGCAACCAGGGUCUUUCUCCGGCCUCAGCGGCCUGCAGUGGCUCAACCUCUCAGGGAACUACCUGGGUGACUGCCCCCUACUUACCCCUACAGUCCCCAGUAACCAGACGGAGGUUACCCAGUGUAACGGUAGUCGCUGGGGGUUGAGCCGAGAGCUGUUCCAUGGUCUUUGGAUACUGAAAGGGCUGGAUUUGUCCCUGAACGGCCUGGUAGUUUUUCCCAAUGGGCUGCUGGACGGGCUCCAGGGCCUGGCCUGGCUGUCUCUGACUGGAAACAAGCUGCGGAGCCUGGACAGAGCCACCUUCCAGCCCCUGGGCAGCCUGCUGAGCCUCCAACUGGCAGGCAACCCUUGGGAGUGUGACUGCAACCUGAGGGACUUCAAGCACUGGAUGGAGUGGCUGCUGUACAGACGUCAGUGUUAUGUUGUGUAUUGCUUCAAGCUUACAGUGUUUCAUGUACAGUCAAGUCAGUUUGGCCUUUGUUCCAUGUCAUGUACUAGUCUGAUACUGUGUCAUGUAUGUUAUUGAUCUGUAAAUGAGCUUGAUUAUCUAUUGAUCUAGCUAGAGAUCCACUAGAUCCCUAUGUGUGUUUCAGACGGACAGGUGGAUGCUGUGAAGUGCAACCUACCGAAGGAGCUGAGGGGGCGGGACAUCCGCAGCAUCCCCAUAGAGAUGUUCAACUACUGCCUGCAGUUGGAGUACCAGGCCAGUGUCCCUGGCUACGACGGGCCCCGUGGGGGGCGCCCACCCUGUGUCGGUCGGAUCAAUGGGCCCAUGAACGGGCCCCAGGCCAACCAAGAGGACUGUGUACGCCAGCGCUACCGGCCCAUUAGCGUGCGCAGGGCCUGGGGGACUCAGAUCGUGGCGGCAUGUGUGUGUGGUGUGGUGUGUGUGAUGAUGGUGGUGGCGGCCACCUACGGCUGUAUCUAUGCCUCUCUCAUGGCCAAGUACCAGAGGGAGCUGAAGAACACAUGGCAGCCAUUGAUGGCUGGGGAGGGAGGGGAGGAGACAGACGUCGAGGACGGCGUCUUUCCUUCCUCCCCAACAUCCCCAGCUGAGCCAGAACCAGAGUCCUGUCCCAUAGUCCACACAUACAGAAUAACAGGCUUUUGACCUUUGUUUCUCUGACUGGCUGACAUUCCUGUUGCAAGGAUUCAGGGGGGGCUGCAUUCCCUAACUGUGUGUCUUACUACUCAGUGCUCCAGGGCAUUCUAGACUAGGGAAUGUAUAGAGCUGAGAAAGCGUAUCUCUGCUGCACUUUGCUAGUGUUCGAGGCAUACCGACAUAAUCGUACAGUUGAUCGUCAAAUGGAAAACUGGAACUCUGCAUUGCUUCAAGACGUGUGGAUGCUACGUGAUUGGUUCUUUAGUCAGCUCUCCAACUGUGUGGUGGAGGUUCUGGUACCUCUGCACCUUGGUUCAAAGACUUUCCUAGAAAUCGUCUAUGAAAUCCAUUAUUAUUGUACGUUUAUUCCUUGAUCCGACUUUCCAUCAAAGUUAUUUGUGUUUCAAGCAAAAAAUGCCAAUCGAUCAAGUCCCUGUCUAAUGUAAUGUAUCUGCUCCUAACGUUUUGAUAUAAAAGUCCAGGUUAACAAUCCCAGUAGUGGUUGUCGCUCAAAUAGUUAUAGUACACAUGAAUGUACAAGAAUAUAGUACACAAUGUUCUGUGGAAUCAGUGUUAGACAGAUGCAGUCUUGUGUAUCAGACCUGUGCUCACGUGCAGUGACUCAAUCCUCUCUCUACUAAAUGAAUAUUUCCAAGUCAUAUCAAUGUUCAUAUCUGUACAGAGUAAGCCUGCUUUCAAAGCCAUACAAUCCAACAGCAAACUACUGACCUCUAGAGGAUGUUAUGAUAACAGCAGCUGAAGAGAGUCAGUCCCAUGGCUAGCAACCAUAUUCAUUGUGAACUGAAUCUAGUUGGCAACUAUUUCCAUUUAACCAUUUUGAACUGUCAAAGAGAUCAGCACUGACCUAGAAACAUGUACAUAUAUCAGUAUCUCAUUAGUCCUUUAAUCGUUAUUUCUGUCUCUGUGUUAACAUUACAAAUUUGCUCUUAAGUUUUGCUCAAGAAAUAACGAUAAUGUGAUAUUCUGUUAAUCAUGCUGAUGACA